CUCCUCCAUCCUGCAAGAGCAGCAGCGGACGCAGCAGCAGCGGACGCAGCCUCCUCCGCGAUCCUAAGCAGCGCGGGGCCAUGGCGGCGGACGAGGCGGCGGCGGAAGGCUCGGAGGCGGCCAGCCCGGGCUUGCUGAUGGAGAUCGUCAGCUCCCCGCUCAACCUGAGCCUGCUGGGCCUCUGCCUCUUCCUGCUCUACCAGAUCGUGCGCGGGGACCGGCCGCGCGCCCAGCCCGAGGGCGAAGAGGAGCCGCCGCCGCUGCCCAAGCUCCAGCGCCGCGACUUCACCCUCGCCCAGCUGCGCCCCUUCGACGGCCUGGCCGAGCCGCGCAUCCUCAUGGCCAUCAACGGCAAGGUCUUCGACGUCAGCCGCGGACGGAAGUUCUACGGGCCCGAGGGACCUUACGGCGUCUUUGCCGGAAGAGACGCUUCCCGCGGCCUCGCGACUUUCUGCCUCGAUAAAGAAGCUCUGAAAGACGAGUACGACGAUCUCUCCGACCUGGACGCUACGCAGAAAGAAACGCUGAGUGAUUGGGAGCAGCAGUUUACCUUUAAAUAUCACUACGUCGGCAAACUGCUGAAGGAUGGGGAAGAACCGACGGUAUAUUCCGACGAAGAAGAAACGAAAGACGAGAAAGACCGCAAGAACGAUUAGCACCAAGGAGCCCUCCCAACGCUAGCUAGUUUUCUUUGCUUUUAAUUUUCAAGGGAGAUUUUUAUCAUAUCCCCCCUUCCUUCUAUUUUACCCUUUUCCUAUAUCAGCCAUUUUUAGAAAUAUUACUUCCAGCAGUGAUGGAAUUCAAUUUUUUUUACUACCAGUUCUGUGGGCGUGGCGUGGUAUGGCUUGGUGGGCGUGGCAGGGGAAGGAUACUGCAAAAUCUCCAUUCCCACUCCAGGGGGAAAGAUAUUGCAAAAUCUCCAUUCCCACCCCACUCUGGGGCCAGCUAGAGGUGGCAUUUGCCGGUUCUCCGAACUACUUAACAUUUCCGCUACCGGUUCACCAGAACCUGCUGAAUUUCUGCCCUGACUUGCAGUGACAUUGGUCGCAACGCUGCACUUUUUAAUCAAUGUUCCUAAAAAUAACUCAGUGCUCACUUUUUCCAAUCCAAGCCGAGGGCCUCGGCGGGCAGCAGAGUAAUGGGCAUCACCGGUUGGUGGCACGUAAAAGAUCUCACCAGCCUAGCAAUGGCCGUAAGAUUUCCCUUUCUGUGAGGGAACCUGUUGAACGGACAUUGCAAUGCUCUGAAGGUUGACCCUUGACCAGAAAAUGUUUCCUUGUAAGGAGAUAUUGCUCUGUCCUUCGAGGUUUGGUUGGUGGCUGUUCAGAAAGGGAUCCUGUCUCUUCCCAGCCCAUUUCUCUAUCCUUCCUUUUAUACAAACUUGUCUUCCACCGAUUGCCCAUCUCUGUGUAUCCUUUUGAACGAACUUCGUCCGCUGCGGAUUCCUUCACGUGUGCAUUUUCUGCGGGGGUUUUAUAUCAUUUCAGAUCCUUAAGAAUGCAGAAUGUAGUGGGUGGUUUUAUUUUAUUAUUUUAUUUGUCAUAGCUAAGGUAGCAUUGGAAGCGGUUGAAAAGUGGUUUUUAUAGAGAGACUUACACCCCAACUGACGGGGCCCUUAGCUUUGAAGCAAAAUAACUUUCUCUUUUUUUAAAAAAAAAAAAAUGCAAUACUUCCAUUAUAAAAAACAGUAUAAAGAAUAAAGAUAAGGAUUAGUGACCUCAUUGUGGGCAGCAGCAUCGGGGGCGUAAGCAGCAGGAACGAGACGAGGGGCUGUUCUUGGGAAGGCUCCCAAUACGUCCGGCUCUAUUGAGACUUUUGAGUCAGCCAGGUUAUGACAGCGAGUUUGACUAGGUGGCUCAGUGGCUGAGACAGUGAGCUUGUCGAGCAGAAAGGUUAGCGGUUCGAAUCCCUAGUACAGGCCUCCUGUGAGCAGGGGGUUGGACUAGAUGACCUCCAAGGUCCCUUCCAACUCUGUUACUGUUACGAUCCAGAGCCUCCUUGAGAAUGCGACCUUGGUUGUGUUCUUUAACCUCCUGGGUCAGCUGAGCUUGGUGGAGGGCAUGCUGCACAGCGUAAUUCUCUGAAGAGAGAGGAGCCUCCGUGUUUACUGCAAAUAUCAAAGUCUCCAAAAAGGGGAACCGUGUCCCAAAAUCACUUUCUUUUGAGAAGGAACGUUUUCCAUCUUUCGACUAGGCUAAUCGACUGCUGUGCAUAUCUAACAAGCGAGUUUGGUUUAGCUCAGGAGUCGGCAACCCGUGGCUCUGGAGCCGGAUGCGGCUCUUUCAUCCCUCUGCUGCGGCUCCUGUCGCCGGUCGGCUCCACAAUUGAUAGGGCUUUUGGUUAGGACAGGUAGAGGAAAAAGGACGCCGCACUAGCAGGAGAUUAUGGUGGGGGAACCGGAUUUCUGGUCAGCUCCAGAAUUUAAUGGGGGGGCUUCUAGUUAGGACCUUUGUGGCUCUUUUGAGUGUUUAAGGUUUAGCUGCAAUGGAUCAUCAGGUCUCACUUAUAAUUGUUGAUUAAUUGUAAGCUUUAAGAUCUUGGCAAGAUCUUAGUGACGUGCGCAAGUAGUCAAUCUCCCUUGAUUUCAGAUAAUAAAUCCAAGUUUCACAAUAGGACGAUGGAACCACUUGACCAAGUAUUCUGCUAAUUCUUGGGUACAUUUUUGGGGUGCAGUUGAGAUUCAGUUCAUUUUGCGCCAUGGUUCGCAGCGUGAAAUCGGCUGGAUUUAGGAAAGUAGGAAAGGACUAUGGAACCAAGAAACAUGUUUCAAAGAAGUUAUUCCAACCCUUUUUAUAUACUCACCGUUUCGCGUGACUCAAACACUACAGAUCUCUUUUGCUUCUUAAAAAAAAAACACUAUUUUUCACAACAAGCAAUAAAUAGUGUAACUUUGAAUUUCUACCUUUGGUAAAUUGAAAGUACAGAAUUUAGAUUUUUGUUGCCUAUUCCCAUUUCCCCCAAAAGUAUAACUUUCUUAAAAAGAUCUUUGCCUGUUCUUGCUUGUUGCCCUAAAGACAAUUAACUGGCUGAAAUGUUGUGACCUACCUCUCUGGGCUUUGUAGGGUAAUUAACAAAAAGCUAAUUUUUUUAAAAAACUGCUUCUUUCUAAAGUUCACCAUUCUUGCAGAAUCGAUGCUGAACGAUGUUUCGAAUUCAAAGCUGGGAUGGUUGUAGCUUUCUUUGUUUUUAAAGGCGAGGAAAUAAAAUUCUUCCUAUAAA